AGUGUGUGUGUGUAUGUGUGUGUGUGUGUGUGUGUGUGCUCCACUACACUGUGAAAACUUGGACCGAGCCUUCGCGCUGACUUGUCCCGCCUCAAGCAGCUGUGAGCCGGUCACCGUGCAGAGUGAGAGCCCGCCGUGUGGAGCCCGGUGCUGGGCGUCAACCUGUCCGGACCGAACCUGCCUGACCGGCUCUGAUCGGUUCGACACCGAAACACGCCCAAAACACGGCGGUGAGCCAAGAACCGAGAGUGAGCGGGACAAGAGAGAGAACCGAGCCCGGACCGAAGGAAGGAUGGAGUGAAGGAGGGAAGGAGUGAAGGAAGCAGUGAAGGAAGCAGUGAAGGAAGCAGUGAAGGACGGGUUGGACCGGUCCAGAACAGCUCAGACACGUCUGAUGACGUUUGAACAAACUUUAGUAACCAGGUCAGAUUCCUUACCUGAUCAGAGCUGCAGACUGAGCAUGCUCAGACACGCUCACCUGGCUCAUCAUGGCUGCUGGUUACCACGACAACCAAGUGACAGUGUGAUGCCUGAAGGAUCUCGCAGCUCCUCCAAUGACGUCCCCAUGGAUGAAGACUCCCCCCGCCUGUCCAGCGCCUCCGUCAGCAGUACUGAGCGCGCUCCGUCAGCCACGCCCUCUGACAGCUCGGACCGCCGCCCGCUCAGCCUGAUCUCCACACUGUCCUCGGGCUCCGGGUCGUCCAGAGACGACCUCGCCCCGCCACCACCCGCCCACAGUGACAUCGACCUGAGCCCUGCUGGGGGCGCUGCCGAGAGCGAGGGGGGGUCGUGGCCACGCCCAGAGCCCGAGGGGAGUGGGCGGGGCCUCAACCUCACGCACACACCGAGCAGAGCCUUCAGUCGGCGCCAGCAGGUGUCGCCGUUUAUCAGCGGGAGCAUGGUGCCGAACCGUCAGCUGACCUACCUGGACCGGGUCGUCAUGGAGAUCAUAGAGACGGAGAGGACGUACGUCAGAGACCUGCGCAUGAUUGUCGAGGAUUACCUGGCUCACAUCAUCGAUCAGUGUGACCUGUCCAUCCGUCCUGAACAGGUGUGCUCUCUGUUUGGAAACAUCGAGGACAUCUACGAGUUCAACAGCGAGCUGCUUCAGGCUCUCGACCUGUGUGACAACAACCCUGUCGCCAUUGCCAGGUGUUUCGUCAUGAAGAGUGAAUACUUUGAUAUCUACACACAAUACUGCACCAACUACCCAAAUUCGGUUGCCGCGUUGACGGAGUGCAUGAGGAAUAAAACUCUGGCAAAGUUUUUUCGGGAUCGUCAGGCGUUGUUGAAGCGUUCGCUGCCUCUCGGUUCAUACCUGCUCAAACCUGUUCAGAGGAUCCUCAAAUACCACCUGCUGCUCCAGGAGAUAGCGAAGCACUUUGACCCAGAGGAGGAGGGUUAUGAGGUGGUGGAGGAGGCCAUCUACACCAUGACGGGAGUCGCCUGGUACAUCAACGACAUGAAGAGGAAACACGAGCACGCCGUCAGACUGCAGGAGGUUCAGUCUCUGCUGCUGAACUGGAAGGGUCCGGACCUCACCACGUAUGGAGAACUGGUUCUGGAGGGAACCUUCAAAGUUCAUCGAGCUAAAAACGAAAGAACGCUCUUCCUGUUUGACCGCAUGCUGCUCAUCACCAAACGCCGCGGAGAACACUACGUCUACAAGACGCACAUCUCAUGUUCCACUCUGAUGCUGAUUGAAAGUGCCAAAGACUCUCUGAGCUUCAGCGUUACUCAUUACAAACACCCCAAACAGCCUCACACCGUCCAGGCGAAGACGGUGGAGGAGAAGAAGUUGUGGGCUCAUCACAUCAAACGCAUCAUUCUGGAGAACCACCACGCCAUCAUCCCACAGAAGGCUAAAGACGCCAUCUUGGAAAUGAACCCUACAUACCCUCACAGGUAUCGCUACAGUCCUGAGCGGCUGAGGAAAGCUCUGUCCUGUCAGGCUGAAGAGAUUCACCGUAACAGCCGCCAGGGACGACGACAGUCCGAACCGACCAAACAGACGUUGAAGAGCAGCGGAGAUAAACACAGCUUCCUGUCUGAUGCAGCCGACUCAAAGCACUCUGGCAGUGAGGUGGUGGCACCGGGUCAGCCCACCACCAGGUCUGAGGCUGACCGGACUGCCGAGGAGGAGGAGGAUGAGGCGGGGGGGUUGUCUCAUCAGACGGUGGCAGAGGACAGCGAUCCGGAUCAGAACCUGCUGGAGGACGAGCAGGUAGACGACUUCGCCAGCUCCCUGCUGGCUGCCAUCUCGUGCUGGCAUUACAGGGCCCAGGUUCUGCUUUCAGCCGGGGUUACCGUGGUGACGGACGCUGAUGUCGACAAAAAUGGACGACUUCCUGAAGAAGACAAGCCAGCUGGAACUAAAGCGACCUGUGAGCAGGCCUCCACAGUACAGCUGCCACAGGAGAAGACGUCUGAACCUGCAGAACACCCUGGACCAGAACCGUCCUCUGAUCUGGACAGGUUGGCCUCUACGCCUCCGAGGAUCUCAGCGUCACCUCAAAGAUCAAAAGAACUGAAUCUAGAGCCGGCAGAGAAUCUGUCCUCUGGCACGCCAGAUUCAGACUCAAAGACUUUAAGCAGCGGGGAAUCAUCGUCGGAGGAGGAGGACGAUGUAAAGGGGGCAGCGGAAGAAGAGGGUGAAGCUAGCAGCAUCCUUCCUUCCUCUGUCCUGGACAAAGCCAGCGCCAUCGCUCAGCACUUCACCAACAGCAUCAAACGAGGCAGCCAGGACGACACCCGCUCCCUCGGCUGUGCUUCACCACGGCUGCCCAGCAGGACCGGCAGCAGCCUCAGCCUCAGUGCCGAUACCACCGAUCGACCUUUGCGGCUCAGCAGUGGCUGUUCUGAUGCAACGGAGACCUUCGCCGUGGCAGACUUGACCCUGCUGUCUCCUCGGGAUGACAGCCUCUUUGACACUGACCGAGGAAUUCGGCGCAGGCGGGACUCGACACUGUCCAGGCAGGACCAGUUACUGAUUGGCAAAAUCAAGAGUUACUAUGAGGACGCUGAGAACCAGGACGCGUCCUUCAGCCUCCAGCGUAGAGAGAGCCUGACGUACAUCCCGUCUGGGCUGGUUAGGAGCUCCGUCAGCAGGUUCAACAACAUCCCAAAGGAUGCACCUGUUCAGACAACCCCAUGCUCCUCCACCACAUCCUCCACUCUGCAGACUUCUUCAGCGGAGUCAAACUCAGCUUUGCCCACAGAUACCCGGGGUCACAUGGUCUCCAGUGACUCUUGGGACUUUCUGAAGUCCGAUCAGAGAAACACAGAUCCAGAAGAUUCAGAGGACAGCCACAGGUCCAGAUCACAGAGCAUGCGGGACAAUCUAUCUGAGGAUGAAGAGUUCAGACCGUCGUCUGAGAUGAUCAAGAUCUGGCAGACAAUGGAGCGAGAGAUCACCAGAAGUGAAGACAAGCGAUGUCGAGAAGCUCAGAGAGACUCCAGAGCGGACGACGUCUGCCGCUCGGACACAGCGAUGACGCCAAACAAGACCUGUGACGGAGAGAGCGGAGCAUCAGACCUCAGCACCAUCACAGAGGAAUCCACAAGUCCAUCGCCCAUCAAGCAUCGGACAGGAAGUCUGAAGGCGUUCAGGGAAGAGGCCUUCGUCCUCAGGGCACUAGUUCCUCGGGUCGCCCAGCUGAAGGCUGAGGCAGAGGUGGAUCGACCUGGUGAGGAUUCAAACCAGCUGGAUGACGUAGACAAGACGAAGAGCAAAGUCCUCCAUCUAGCUCGUCAGUACAGCCAGCGAAUCAAAACGACCAAACCGGUGGUCCGACAGCGAAACCAGGGCAUCCUGAUCAGCAAGAAGAGCUUACCUUGUGUGUUGGAGGAGAAGGAGAGCACAGGUAAACCCCACCUGACUCUGCCGCUGAGCCAUGCAGGCCAGAUCCGAUCUCUGACCACCGGCCUCGCCUGCAGCUCGUUAGGCAGCUCGAGAGUGGCCUCCCCGGGCCGGGCUCGCUCCCGCAGCCCCCUUAGCCCACCUCAGUCCUCCGCCAUCGAGGGCUUCAAUUGGCCUGAUGUCCGAGAACUCUGCUCCAAAUACUUGGAGCAUGGUCGCUCCCAGAAGAGCCCUGUAAGCCGGAGUCGCUCCAUCCCAGAGCAAAUGUUUGAUGGUGGACUGAGGAGGCACUCCAGUUGCUCCUCCAGCCUCCUCCUCCCUGACGGAGCUUCUGAGGAGGUUCCUUCAUUCAAGCUUCAGGACACCAGCAGAGAAGAGCGCAGAAAGCGGCUCCACAGAGCCAAUUCUCUGGACCCUCGGCUGAGCGGAGAGCAGCUGACCGAGCUGCAGAAGCUCCAGGACCAGGCUGCCAAUGGCAACUACAGCGGUUACUAUGUCGCAGCUGAGGCACCGUUACCAAACGACCCCGAACACAAGAUCGUCGUCGUGGAGAAGCUUCCAGAGGCCGAGUCAGAGCCUGCGGAAACCACCAAAGAAGAAGACGACAAGGACGACAACUACGUUCAGAUCCGCUCACCGACCAGCAGGGAGAAGAUCUCCAUCAUGGCUGUCAUCGACCGCUGCCGGGUCUACCAGGAGUCUGAUGAAUAUAAACAGAGGGAGGAGGUGAAAGCCAAAGCUGAGGCCGACACGGCAACAAACGAACGAGACAACGAGUCCCAGAAGACGAGCUCAGACUGUGGACAGAAGACAGACGGCGGUCAGCAGAACAUCGUGAAGAAUCUGAGAGACAAGUUCCAGAAUCUGAGCUGAGCACACUGAACAGCAAAUAUAAAACAUCAACAACACAACACAGAUUAUCUCUGCUUCUUCUGCUGUGAUCAUGGAAGAAUAAAACUAAUUCUUGUGCUUACUAAUUAUAAUUAUGUAUUAUAACAAGACAAAACAUCUAAAAGAUCCCAAAACAACAAACUUAGAUUAUGAGCUCUUUCCCAGCGUCCUCUCGGGCGUUUUGUAGAUAAAUCUCUGAAAAUCUGUAAAUAUCUUUCUACAGUCCACAAAGUACAAAUCCGGAAUAUUUUCUGUACAGUUGUUUCUCUGUGAUUUUAUGGAGUCUCAUUAGUUACUCAUCUGUGUGCUACGACAUAACUAACCACGACAUGUCGUCUCUCCGAAGCUCUCUGUUCAGACACAUCUCUAAAAAACAACUUUAUGAUUAGCCUAGCUUAGCACAAAGACUGUAAGCAGGGGGAAACUGUUAGCCUGGCCCCUCUACGGUCUGUGGUCAGCUCCACGAGCUGUCAGUCUUAAAAUGUUGAACUGUUUCUUUAAGAAAAUGAUCUAAAUGUUUGUCUGCGUCUCUUUCUUUUAUCAAAAUAUUUGAUAUUAAUAUAAUUGCAUAUUUAAACACAUUAAUGAUGACAAACGUCUCCAUGGUAACAGCCAUUCAGAUUAGCUGUGGCUUUGCUUUCCCUCCACAGAAUUUAUUGUCAAAAGGUAAAAACAUAAAUUAUGAUUGAUUUAUUUUAUAGUAACGAUGUAUUUCUUUAUUUUUGUGCCUUUUAUGUUUUCAGUUAUUUCCUCGUGAGUCAGGUUUCAUUCUUCAAACACACAACUAAUGUUUUACAGCUUAACAUCUGUAUUUAUUUUAGUUGCCCAGUGGCACAUUUGGAACUUGAACCUGUGACUACUGUUUAACCACUGAACCACCUGCACAUCAUGUUCAUCACUGUUAACAGGCUGUUCUGUCCAUCUGUACGCCGUGUUUGUCUCACCUGUUGUACAUAGAAACAAGUCCACUUUGUGUGUGUGUGUGUGUGUGUGUGUGUGUGUGUGUGUGUGUGUGUGUGUGUGUGUGUGUGUGUACACAUGUUUAUAUGAGCUCAGACUUAUGUUCCUCAUUAAAACCAAAUACAUCAUCA